CGACUUGGACCAGUUGGUAUCAGCAGCUGUACUAAGUGGUUAUACGAGCGAAUCGACGACUAAUAGAAGUGAGUUCCGUGCGGCCCACACGCUGGUUGGACACUAUCCAGCGGCAGUCCAAGUCUCGAGUCCUCGCCGUUUAGUUGUAUCACGGCACAUUUGGGAGGGCAGUUGUCGCGCAGUGUUGUGCCAAGUAAUCUGGCCAAGAAGAAGGAAGAAUUGGAUGGUUGUCAACGAAGGCAGUGUGGCUUAAUUCGCACUUUUCGAUUCGACUGUGACCUCGAGUCGAGAGAAUUCCUGCUUGAGAUAUUGCUUAUCUGCUGUGGCGAUGUGGUGCUGGGGCUGCUGCUGCUGUAGUGGAUAGUGGGGAACAGUGGUCAACAGUGGGUGUGCAGAGCAGUGGUUGGUGAUAAAGGUUACGGUUUGCGAGGCCAAAGCAUACAAAAAGCACACACCUUCGUGCGGGUUAGGAUGAUGAAUGGUCGCAGCGGUGUGCGUGUGCGGGCUCAAGUGCCUCUCCAUUCAAGAGUAUGCGUACUGAUGUGAAAAGUAAAUCGAAAUAAUGAAUUAAAAAUUCUUGAAUCAAUGACAGUGUGUUAUAUCAUGCACAGGAGAGCAGAAUCGACCAACACGCAGCAGCAGCGGGCAUGGAGUGCAAAUUUGCCGUAGUUUGGUUGCGAAGUGCGUGCGUGCGUGACAGUGACAAACAGUGACAGUCAUCAGUGGUGGUUGGCGUUCAAUGCAGUGGAUCGGGAAGACUACGAUAGGAUCUCGAAGCUCGAACCAACAGUGUAAAGUGCUCGCCAUAGAGAAACAGAUGAUCCCAGUUCUGAAUGGGUCCACACGAUAGUAAAGUGUCGCCAUCUUGCAUGUAUUCGCGCAAAUCUUCCUCUCUUCCAAUUGGAAUCAGUCGUAGUGUUGCUGUUGCUGCUGCUGCUGCUGCUGCUGAUGUCGUCACAAAUAUCUUUUCAUGUGUGAUUUCUGUGUGGUGGCAUGAAGGAGUGAAUGAGACGACGGCGACGAGUUGGAAAAUUUUGUAGCUCGUGUUUUGUCGUAUAAAAAUCAAUGUUCUGCAAAUGUAAAAUAGUUCAAACGAUGUCGUAAUGCCUAGUGAUUGUCGAAUAAUUAUCCGCAGUGCAGCAGGAAAUGUGAAAAAGGUUUAAAAAAUGAGUGAAAACUUCGCGGCUGCUUCCGCCGCAAAACAAAUGCCAAUCGAAAAGUUGGUACGUGUUGGAUAUUACGAACUGGACAAAACGAUCGGGAAAGGAAACUUUGCAGUCGUCAAGCUUGCAUCCAACGUGAUAACCAACUCAAAGGUUGCAAUUAAAAUAAUCGAUAAAACAUGUCUCGACGAGGAGAACCUGGCGAAAACGUUUCGCGAAAUAUCGAUACUGAAGGUGUUGCAUCAUCCGCACAUAACACGCUUGUACGAGGUCAUGGAAUCACGUAACAAAAUCUACCUGGUGACGGAACACGCGGCCCGGGGUGAAAUUUUCGACCACCUGGUCGCGAAUGGGCGCAUGAAGGAGGAGGAAGCGGCCCGAAUCUUCUCCCAGAUUAUCUCCGCCGUGGACUACUGUCACUGUAAGGGAAUUGUCCAUCGCGAUUUGAAGGCGGAGAACGUGCUGUUGGAUAACGAGAUGAACGUUAAGCUGGCGGACUUUGGUUUCAGCAAUACCUUUUCCGAGGGAACUCCGCUGCGAACUUGGUGCGGUUCACCGCCGUACGCGGCCCCUGAGGUAUUCCAGGGUGUCGAGUAUGACGGGCCAAAGUCCGAUAUCUGGAGCUUGGGAGUGGUGUUGUAUGUGCUCGUUUGUGGUGCCCUCCCGUUCGAUGGUGCAACGUUACACGACCUGCGGAGCGUGGUAGUCGCGGGCAAGUUUCGCAUUCCCUUCUUCAUGUCGCAAGAGUGCGAACACCUAAUCAGGCAUAUGCUGGUCGUGGAACCGGAGAAACGGUAUGCGUUGAAGCAGAUCGCCAAUCACAAGUGGUUGGAGAUGUAUAACGCGAUUCCGAUGCUUGACUCGGGGCCUUUCAUACCGACGGAGAGCGCCAACCUGGACACCAUUGUAAUGACCCACAUGUUACAACUCCCUGGACUUACGGCCGAUAUGAUCGCACAAUCUGUACAUGAGAAUCGGUUCGACCACAUUUAUGCCAUUUACUAUCUGCUGGUGGACAAGUUGAAACAAAAACGAAAAGAGAAGAACCGACUCCAGCAUCACGCCAGCCUAGCGUACUCACGGUCUCGGAAAACGAGCAUUACUACCGGCGUUGUAGAUCGAACUGAGGUCAUCAAGAAUGACUCACAAGAGCGACUAAGUCCACUGACCAGUUCGGGAUCAACCAUCCUAAACAUGUCGGCUGGACUUGGUACGUCGGAGGAGUUGGAAAAGUACGACCUUGAAGCGGCAAACUCCGCCAAGACACCCGAAUCUACCGACCAUCUGUUUCCGCCUACGUGCGCCAACGCUUCGGCCAACACUCGACGGCACACCGUGGGACCCGGUGACGUGGCACACGAACAGGCCCUGGCCAAUCCAAACGCACCAAUCAACUUCAAGACAACUGAACAGCAACCUCCGACGCAGAACGUUCCCAUCAACAUCCCGAUGCUGCAGAACCAACCGAUUCACAACCUUACCAUCAAGGAUCAACAUCUGCUGAAGCCUCCAAUGGUCAUGGGCGCAAGUGCCUUCGGAAGACGCGCUUCGGACGGAGGAGCCAAUCUGCACAUCUUCUAUCCAACAACGCCAAAUUUCAACGAACAACCGGUCGGUGAAGCGAUCUACGGAAGUCAGGCGGCAGCCCACGCCGCCAUGGCCGCAGCCGCCGCCGGUGUUGGUGUGAUGGGCGACCACCCGAUGCCAACGGUGUGCGGAGUCGACGGUCCGGACGAUACCAGCGACGAGAUUCAAAGGUACAUGCACGGUCGGGGAUGCACGAAGCGUCAUACCGUCGGUUGCACCGAUGAUCUUUCGGCCGGAAAUCCCGGAACGAUGGAACCUCCCCAGGCACACUCACCAGCGCCAUCCACGGCCGCUGCCGCAGGAGGUGGAGGUCGCACUCGGAGAACUGGUCUGCUCACCGUCAUGGAAAGGCCGCCAGGUCGCUACAGUCCGGUGCGUCGAGCUUCUGAGGGCUCAAAAAUCAACACACAAUUCCAAGGACCAUUCCAGGAGUGCCAGCAGCUCCAGAAGGGCCUGAACGUUGGCACUCAACAACGAAAUUUGCUUAUCGCACCAAGUCCCCCGCUAGCGGACAACUCGGUGAGUCUGCCGGGCUCGCCAAUGCACUGUAAACCAUUCGAGGACAGAUCUCAGCAGGAUAUUACACUGCCCCAGGACAUGAUGCUGUCGUUGCUGCCCGGUUUGGAGAAGCUUGUCCUAGAGAAGCGCAUCCAGAUCGAGACGGCCAAUAACAUCAUCAGCACAAGAACCGUUCCGUACGAGGUGCGGCAACAGUUGGGCCUGUUUGCCCACGCGGUGAUGCCGGAUCUCGGGUACGCGUUACAGCAGCAGCUGCAGCACAGUCAGAGUGUCUCGCCCCUCACGGCCAGGCCAGGCACGCUACAUCCUAACAACAUUGCCGGUAAUAGUAUAGGGGCGUCCAGCUUUGGCUAUUACGGUGGUUUGCCUUAUUCACCCUUUGGGACGCCUGGGGCUGUGCCGGGGUUGAACUUUCCCGGAAGUAGCAGCAACAGUGGAUGCCCAUCACCCGUAUACUACAGCGAAUGUCCCUCGCCAAUCCUACCCGGACCACCGGGAGCGCAGACAGGUGGUGGUGCCUCACCGAUGCAUCAGAUCACACGGGGUUUAAGUAUUAUGAACACUGGGGGUAGCACAACUUCGGCUGCCGGCGGUUCCAUCACUCGUGGAACCAGCGCAGCUUUUCCAGUAUCUUGCAAUGAACCUUUAGACCUUAGCAUGGACGUAGUCAAUAGUGUAGAAAUAGAUUAUCAUAGGAACAGCUACUCGAUAAAUCCAGUCGGCACCGCCGGUGGCCCAUCAUCCCUUAACUAUUUUGAUAUGAAAAAUUUUAGCCUUAUGCCGCCGCAGCAAAUGCGUCUUGUAGCAACGCCCCCAACUUCGCCGAAUCUUUGUAUCAUACAAGAGGAAAUACCAAACGUUGCCCCGUUCCAGGGUGGCGUUCCCUACAAGAGCCAAUCGGCUGGAGGAUCUCCAGAGGACUUGAGCUUUCAACACACCCAUCCCCAGAUCUGUCUAACGGACGUCCAGGGCAGCGAAAUAACCCUGGUAGCGCUGUCUGACUCCAGCCACGACAGUGAUGAUUCGCUCAACUGUCAGAGUUCAUCGGGGUUGGGUUUUCAGGGUCUCCUUAUAUCCGAACCUUCUAGUGAUAUGCCCUCAAUUACGCGGGGCGUGGGCAGAAAAGCUAGUCUCGAAACCGAAAAUAACUCCACGUCGACAUCGACCAAGCUGGAAACCGACACGAGCGAAUCGUAUGCUCGUCGAGGCAGCGACAAGUCGUUAGGUUUUAGCGACGAUAGUCUUAGCAACGAUUCGAACCACUCCAAUCUUUCCCCUAGUCAGGAACCGUCCGCCAGUUCAGGGUUCAAGAGUUGCGACUCUCACUCCGAGCAGGACGCUCGCCUAAGCCCUGACUCCCUAUGCGACACCAAGACCCUCACGGACGAGUGUUACGAGCUGCCGUUGCCCCAGGAAUGCUCUACGCUGGACUCGUCCCGAAUACUGGAGAUGGUCAAGCGACGGAUCGACUCCAAAAUGCCGCCCAUGGGUUGUGUGUUCAACGCUGCCAAGACAGUGGACGCCACUGACCUCGGUGGUGGACAACACAGUCGCAGCAGUGAUCAUGCCGUAGACCACGGAGCAUCAUCCUCGUUGCCCGUCGGCGGAGACAGUUCAAAUCUUAGCCUAGAGUACUCGGGGGGUUUGCAGAUCGAGCUGCAGGUGUUCGAGGGUCGCAUCAAGGACAGCCAUAGCAGCAAGGGGCUGAAACUGCGCCGUAUUUCCGGCGACCAAAACGAGUACGGUAAGUUGUGCCAGCAGUUGAUCACGUCGCUGACCGUCUGAAAGUAUGGGAAUCGGCUGACUGCUUAAGGAGAUUUUAUUGUCAUUUGCGGGUAAGUUGAUUUUACGUUAACAGGAUUCAAUCUGAUUUUAGUGCUUUUAGUUGGCACGACUUAAACCAGCAAUUUUUGGACUUAUUUAUUUUGCCGAAAAAUAAGAUUACUCUAUUAUCCCUAGGAGUUCCGAGUGGUACAAAUCCUCCCCAUCACUCAUGAGCAUAGUUCGGUUGGGACGCAGAACUUUUUCGAUUUGAACCUUUUCUGCUUUCCCUCUCCUUUUUUCGCCUAGUUAGUGAAGGUGCUAUUACACUACGGCAAACAUACAAACAAACUCGCACUUUUUGUCAACUUGCCAGAGUGCCUAAAUUAUUUGUUAGCCUGGAUUUGUUUGUACAAACGUUAGCCUGCAUAGUUUGAGAGUGUGACAAACACGAAAAAGUGCGAGUUUGUUUGUUUGCGGUAGUGUAAUGGCUCCUUGAGUGAACAUGCAAACCAAAAUGCGUAAGUUUUGGACUCAAUAAUAAAAUUUUCUGCAGAAACUGUGUUUCUGUGCAUAUUGAGUGAGUGUUGCCGAAAAAACGGAGUGGGCCAUGAAAUUCAUGAAGGAUUGCACGGUCACGAUCCGUUCCAAGCCUCGGAUGAUUGAAUCGUCAAUGAGUGACCAGUGCUCAUCGACCCGAUAAUAAUAAUCUUUGGUUGUCCUAUUCUCUAUACGAAAUAUAAAAAGACAUUGUGACUCGUUUUAAGAAGAUUUACAAUGCUACUUUUUUGCUUUGCUUAACCUGACACUGUUUACCGGAACAGUUAUCUAAAGAUGUUUCUUUUAAUUUUAGAGCUCGGAAUUUCAUCUUUAAUUGGAUUUUUUUGAAGCCAAAAAUGUUGUAUACACAAAACUUUGGAGUGUAAAUUGCAUCAUUGCAAUGUUAUGAAAAAAGUUAAUGCUGGUAAUUUUAAUGUUUUCAAAACAAGGCAAUUUGAAUAAAAGUAGGAUUAUGCCAUGCGUCUCUAAACAUUAACAUUUGUAGUGAACAUUUUUUGACUCUUUAGUACUAAAAAAUACUGAAACAAUCAGUGAACUGGGGUACUCUAACAAUUCUUGCAGCGAUUCUUUUGCUUGCCAUGCAUGAUCAUUGUUUCAAUGAUUGCAAAAUUAUAUUCAGGAAUGACGAAGCGCAGGAAUCACAUUCUUCGGUCGGUUAUGUUGUGUUCUUUCGUUAAUCGUAGAGAAAAGUUAGUGGUAUAAUUAAUUUAAUCCGUAAGUUUGCGUCGUAAGUUGUAAGAUUGGAGCUCAAAAAUUAUUCGUUGUUACAAAAGCCUUCGGAAGGUAAAUUUGCUAAACUUUGUGAUUUCCAUUUUAGAACAAGAAAGAAAAACAAGAAGAAAAAAAAACAAUUAGUUAAGUCUUUUCUAGUGCAAUUAAAACGAUCAAAAAUUUACAUUCCAAAUGAAUAAUUGUAAAAACAACUACAGAAACGAGAGUAAACUCUGAGUUAGAAAGAGAAGAAAAAGCAACACGUCUGCUUGAGAAGCCUUCCUUUGUAAAUGAUUCCAUGCAUAGAUGUUUCGUGUGUAUCAAGUCGUGACUUUCUUUUCCUGUUAUAACGAGUUUUACCACUCACAUAAAGAAACAUUCCUGCAAUCGCAAAACAAAUGAAUAAGAAAAAUAAGAGAUUAGGGAGGAUGUUCGCAUUUCACAAAACGAAACAAAAACUAAAAAUCCUACUGAAUGUAAUUUGGGUGCGACUUUCAGUGGUGAGCUAGGAAAGCAAACUGCAGCACAAUUUUUUAAUAGACGCUAAGCCAAAUAGUAAAGGAAAACCCGUUCAUGAAAGUUGAAACCGCGCUGAACUGAUUAAGUAAAACAAAAAGGCCAUACCUGUCAAUGCAAAUACCUCCAAAACCCUCCCGCGCGCACACGUGAGCAUGCAAUCACGUGCAGAGAACUGUUAGUUUUUGUUCACCUAUUGUGUUGUUAGUUUUUUUCCCUUCAUUUGCUCUACCGGUUAGCAUCCGAUGGUUUGCCUACAUCUGCAAAUGCCAUAAGAAGUAAAUAUUUAAUGGAAAGUACAUACGGACGUGCAGGACAAGAGUUACUAAUUUCAAUCUUUCUUGCUACUAUCAUCAAACUACCACAACUAAAUUAUGCAAAAAUAAUAACAACAACAACAUAUUAGAAAUGUAGCAAAUCAAAAAACAAAAGAUACAAAAAGGAACACAUUCAAAUGUUGCCCUGUCAGUAAUAACAGACAAAAUCAAAUUUUCAUUCAACACUUGGAUAACUGGAAAAAUAUUAACUCCCGCAGAAUAAUUAAGCUGUUUCAAAUCUUUCAAGCAUGUAAAUAUCAUAAUAUUGAGGAAAAAUUAUCAUAAAAAGACUGCUGUGAUUUUAACAUAAAUAAAUGAAUAAACGAUAAAAUGAUUCUUCAAA